GUGACGUCAGGGAAGAGGAAGCCAAUGCCGGAAGUGGCUGUGUUUGGGCGCUGAGGCCCAAAGGGAAGGUCUCGGCCUGUCACUCGAGGCGGUGUUUGGGGCCCGUAUUGCCUUCCUCAGGAGGCCAUGGACGCCGCGGCGCUGGAACAGGAUGCCGUCAAGUUCGCGCAGCUGGCCGUCCAGAGGGACCAGGGAGGCCGCUACCAAGAAGCUGUCUUCUAUUACAAGGAAGCUGCACAAGCACUGAUUUAUGCUGCAAUGGCAGGAUCAACAUUGGAAAAUAUUCCAGGGAAAAUAAGUGAAUAUUUGGAAAGGGUUCAAGCCCUACACUCUGCAGUUCAUUCGCAGAAAGUCGACCCUCUGAAGUCAAAGCAGCAGUUGGAGUUAGAACGGGCCCAUUUCCUGGUUACUCAAGCUUUUGAUGAAGAUGAGAAAGGCAAUGGAGAUGAAGCGAUAGAGCUCUACACGGAAGCAGUGGAGCUGUGCUUGAAAACAGCUAAUGAAACUUCAGAAACAGUACUCCAAACAAAACUGAAGCAGCUGGCCCGACAGGCAUUGGACAGAGCAGAGGCAUUGAAAGACUCAAAGCCAUCUCAGAAAGACAAGCCAGCUGCUGUUAAAGCGAAUCAGCCUGUGAGAACCUUUUUCCCACUGGGACCUGAUUUUUCCUUGAACGAUAAGCCUCAAACCGUUAGACCUGUGCAUGCCAGUGAACCUCAGGGCCAGCGCUACACAGCAGAAGAGAUUGAGGUGCUCAGGAAGACAUCAAAGAUAAAUGGUAUCGAGUAUGUUCCCUUCAUGAGCGUUGAUCUGAGAGAGCGUUUUGCUUUUCCACUUCCUUUUUCAGAUAAAUGUGGCAAGUUACCUUUGUCUCCGAAGCAAAAAGCCAUGUUUUCUCGAUGGGUACGGCCAGAUGACAUAACAAACAAUCCCACCAUGAUCUAUACUGUGUCCAGCUUCAGCAUAAAACAGACAAUCGUGUCAGAUUGUUCUUUUGUAGCUUCACUUGCAAUUAGUGCAGCAUAUGAGCGACGAUACAACAAGAAGUUGAUUACUAGCAUCAUUUACCCACAGAACAAAAAGGGAGAGCCAGAAUAUAAUCCGUGUGGGAAAUAUAUGGUCAAGCUGCAUAUCAAUGGUGUCCCCAGGAAGGUAAUUAUUGAUGAUUUCUUACCAGUAGAUCACAGUGGAGAACUUCUUUGCUCUUAUUCAAACAACAAAAAUGAACUUUGGGUGUCACUGAUAGAGAAAGCUUACAUGAAAGUCAUGGGAGGUUAUGAUUUCCCAGGAUCAAAUUCUAAUAUUGAUCUACAUGCACUGACUGGCUGGAUACCUGAAAGGAUUGCUAUGCACUCAGAUAAUCAGACUUUUAACAAAGACAGUUCCUUCCGAAUGCUUUAUCAAAGAUUUCACAAAGGAGAUGUGCUCAUUACAACAGCGACAGGCAUGAUGACGGAAGAGGAGGGAGAAAGAUGGGGUUUAGUGCCAACCCAUGCCUAUGCUGUCUUGGAUAUUAGAGAAUACAAGGGACUUCGAUUCCUCCAGCUGAAAAACCCCUGGAGCCACCUGCGCUGGAAAGGAAGAUAUAGUGAGAAUGAUAUGAAAAACUGGACCCCUGAACUCCAGAAAUACUUGAAUUUUGAUCCCAGAACUGCUCAGAAAAUAGACAAUGGAAUUUUUUGGAUCUCCUGGGAAGAUCUGUGCCAAUAUUAUGAUGUUAUUUAUUUGAGCUGGAAUCCAAGUCUUUUUAAGGAAUCAACAUGCAUUCACAGUACCUGGGAUGCAAAACAGGGUCCCAUGAAAGAUGCUUACAGCUUGGCUAAUAAUCCACAGUACAAACUGGAAGUUCAGUGCCCACAAGGUGGUGCUGCCGUCUGGGUUCUCCUCAGCAGACACAUCACAGACAAGGAUGACUUUGCGCGCAAUCGAGAAUUCAUCACAAUGGUUGUGUACAAAACAGACGGGAAAAAGGUUUACUACCCUGCUGAUCCACCACCAUAUAUUGAUGGCAUUCGGAUCAAUAGUCCGCAUUAUCUGACCAAGAUGACACUGACGUCUCCAGGGACACAUACGUUUACAUUGGUGGUUUCUCAGUAUGAGAAACAGAACACAAUUCACUAUACCCUAAGGGUAUAUUCAGCAUGUAAAUUUACCUUCUCUAAGAUCCCAACACCAUAUACAGUAUCCAAAAGGGUGAAUGGCCAGUGGAAAGGACAUAGUGCUGGUGGAUGCAGCAAUUUUAGAGAGACCUCCAAGAACAAUCCUGUUUACCAGUUCCAGCUGGAAAAAACUGGUUCCCUCCUUAUUGAGCUCCGAGGACCAAGGCAAUAUAGUGUUGGACUUGAACUCGUGACAGUCUCUUCAGUAGGAGACCCAGGUCCUUUGGGCUUUCAAAAAAAGAAUAGUGGUGAUUACAGGUGUGGAUUUUGCUAUCUGGAAGUUGAGAGUCUACCUGCUGGUGUUUACAAUAUUAUUCCAAGCACUUUUCUCCCUCAGCAGGAAGGACAAUUUUUCUUGGACUUCAAUAGUGCUAUCCCUCUUAAAGUAUCACAGCUGCAAUGAGGUAGUCUUGCUCUGUGACCUAUUUUCAAUCAAGAAUAUGGCAGAACUGAUCAUUUGAAUGACAUACUGGAGCACAAUCAAAGAACCAUCCCUAAAAUGUUUACAUGGGAUGAACAAACUGAACAUGGACUCUCUUACAGGGAAUGUCACCCCAGAGUUGAAGUCCCCAGAUCCUUUGUUGGACUGUAGCAGUCUCUUAAAGUGUAGAAGUUGGGGAUAGCUUCUUAUUUUAGCCUACGCUAAUUCUUCA